ACCAGCUUUACAUGAUGAGGAACAAGUGCCGAACCAUGCCGUGCACUCAGUGCCAGAAGGAUUCAUUUCGCCUGGUGAGCUAUGAGAUGUCAACCGGGAAGCCCAUCUGUGGAGGGGAGAACGUGCUGCUGCAGCAGCGGCACAACGCUGCUCCCGGAAUGGCCCUGAUGUACAUCAGAGGGAAGCUGCUGUUUGUGGGCCACAUAUUCAGUGGUCACAGCUGCUCCGUCACGGACCUUCAAAAGCAAAUCUCCAGAACCAGGGGAGACUACAGAUUAGGUCUAAGUCUCUCUUCAGACUACAAAUGCAGUGAUACAGUCAACACACCUGCAGCCACAGACCCACUGACUUCUUCAGUGGAAGAGGAAAAGGUCAAUGAGAGAAAAAACAAUCAGCUUCCUGGUGUGUCACAAGGACCGAGAGACUUCUUUACCAAACCACUGAAGACUCCAGCGCUCACCCGUGUUCCUGUCAUCACACACUGACUAUGCUCCAGUGA